UUUAAAAAUGGCGAGGCACUCGGUAUUGUUUUGUGUUAUUAACGCGGCAAGAAUAAAGAGUAUUAUUGGGAAUAUAUCUUUACGGAUAUAAAUAUUAUUGUCUCGCUGUAAAUUAUUAUUAUCGAAUUUAUUAUUAUUAUUAAAGAGUUUAUUAUUAAAAAGAAACAUGGUCUCCCCCGUUGUCAUUUGCUUUAUGUCAUUAGCCGUAAUGAGCCUGGGAAUUAUUACGGGCUGGACCUGCGUUCAGUGUUGUUUUCUUUAUAUUAUAUUGACUUGUUCCUGCCUGCUUGUUGGCCCGUUAAUUAUGAUAAUGAUUAACAUAGCUCUGUCCCCCAAGCACCAGACUGGCUCUGGUUCCAUUAAAGUUAUGGCUGAGAUGGAUGCCUUCCAUAACAUGCUAAUGAAAGGAUACGAGCCUAGAUCAGCCACCAGCAAAAAGCAUAUGCGUUAUCCUGUGAUUUUUACUCGUUUAGUUGAUGGUGCCUUACAGAAUCUUUUGGAUCUAGUCUUUCAGGACUUUGUCGGUUAUUGGUUGAAUGAUCUGGCCUUUGGUUCAGAACAUUUGAUAAAUAAUAUGAAGCAGGAUGUAUGGGGUGCGAUACAGAGUCUUCAUGAUCGCUUGUCGCAUGUUGAUCAUACUAAAUUAGUGGUCUGCAAUAUUGUGAACAAGCUUACCUUUCACUUUGAAAAGAUCAGGAUAGCUCAAGCAGCUUCGUCAGAAGGAGAAGAUCCUGUAUUUAUUUUGUCAGCACAUUUGAUGUCACCUGUCGCUGAACUGGAAUAUUUAAGGAAGAUUAGUGAACUUUAUAUCUUACUCUUGUUACCACGCAGUUACUCUCUUUCCCCAAUCAAGUUUCUUUUAAGAGAAGUUCUCACAUGCAAAAUCCUGAAACCGGCGAUAGAUUUAAUCACGGAUCCUGAUUACAUCAAUCAAAAGAUCUUAACGUAUAUUGAUCAGCAGCAACUCGCCGAAGCGAUGCACAGGAAAACGUAUGAAUAUGCAGAAUCCUUCGAGGACUUUAUUCGUAUGAUCAAGAGUACUAAGGAUUUAGAAGUUCUCAAACAUAUUAGAUAUAACAUUGUUACCGAGAUCAUGCAAGCUACCACGAUGCAGAACGUUAAACGAGCUCAGGGCUUAGAUCCAGAGAAUAACACGCUCGGAAAUUCCGAUGCUAUUCGAGCGAGAAAACUAAAAAGAUACAUCAAUCAGCUGACGUACGCCAAGAACACAUGCGAAUGUCACAUGCAAACAUUGGGAUGGGAUGGAUAUCCUCAACAGGAUAUGGAGAUCUGCGAUGCCGCAGAAAUCGCAGAAGGCAGGAUACUUCCGCUGCAAGCAAUUCUGGACAAUGUGACUGGUCGACGAUAUUUAUCUCAAUUUUUAGAACAGGUCGCUAGUCAAGGAUUGAUCGGUUACUGGGCGGCAGUGCAAGAAUUACGCACUACAGAUCGAUCCAAUUGGCAUCAAUUGGGAGCUGAAAUUUUUUAUACUUAUAUCAGAUCACCCACCGCCGAGAUUAAAGUGGAUAAGAAUGUCCGAAAGCGAAUGGAAGCAUUUCUGUUGGGCGAUACUGGACCUAGUAUUUUUUACGAAGUUCAAGAUAGCGUCGUCAAAACGCUCCAAGACAAAUAUUAUCCAUCGUUCCUUGUUAGUGAACAAUAUAAGAACAUGCAGGAAGCGUUACUCAAUGAAAGAGCAGAAGGUUUAGCUGAAGAUCAUGGAAUCGUUGGUACAUCAGACUCUUCAACUUUGCUCGUUGGUGAACGAUCGAAUUACGCUCGCAGCAAACUGGAUCAACUUCAAGAGAAAUUGAACAAUAAAAUGCAAGCUUUACAGGCGCUUAAAUCUUCCCUCAAACCUGAAAGCAAAGUACUGAGCAUAUUGGCGAAAGAGGUCGAAUGGCUGCAAGGCGAAAAACGACAAUUGGAAGCGCAUUUAAAUCAUACAGAAAUGUGGGCUGAGCAUUUAGGUCGUUGGAGAGCCGACGUGCAAAACGCAGAAAUGCCUGAUAACGGGGAUCCUCCGCAAUUUGUCUUGGUUGUCCAUAUGGCGGAAGAUGAGAACAACGACGAGAGUAUAUCCAGUGGAUGGGUGGUGUUAAGAAAACUACAAGACUUUCAAGAUCUCCAUAGAAAGCUACGUCAGUUAUGUUCUGAUGUUAAAAAUUUGGACUUGCCAUCGCAGCCUUUAAAAUUUUUCGGGAAAUCUGAUAAGAGCACUCUCGACAAGGCUAAGAUGCAGAUACAAAAAUAUUUGAAUUUUGUGUUGGAGGAUGAAAGACUUAAUCAAAGCGAGGCAUUAUACUCCUUUCUUAGUCCAAGUUCGGAGCAUCUUAAAGCCGUGGCACCAUCUCCCAAAAAUCGCUUUUUGUCAAUGCUAUUCAAAACAUCUGUCGGUAGUCACGAGCUACGCGAUAAAGAAGAUGAAGAGGAUUAUUCGUUGUUGUUGGAUGACAAUGAGACAGGCCGUACCAGCACGGAUAGCUAUCUAAAUGCUAGCAAGGAUGCGAUCGCUGAACCAUUGUACACGCUUUUAGGAGAAGUUUUUGAUUUGCGAGGAGUAUUUCGUUGGCUUAGGCGAUCCCUCAUUACCUUUGUACAAAUUACUUAUGGACGCACCAUAAAUAGACAAAUCAGAGAUAUUGUAGCUUGGGUGUUUUCUGAGCCGAUGCUUCAUUACUACAUACAAUUGUUCAUGAAAUCAUGGUGGCCGAAUGGUCAACUUGUGUCCGAGACGAUUCUCCGAACUGAUGAGGAGAAGCUAAAAACGCGAGGCGAAGCACGCAGGCAAUUUCUUAAUAACGUACCUGAAGUAUUGACAAAUCUGGUUGGAGCGCAGAGUGCUCAACGUGGCGCGACUAAAGUUUUCGAUUCUCUACAGAAUGUGAAUCUGAACAAACAAUUAUUUUAUGAUAUAUUUGAAGUAUUAAUGUACGAAGUAUUUCCAGAAUUGCAACAAAAACAAUGUUCUUUAACGAAAUAAAUCAUCAAUGUGACAUAUGACUA